AGAAUCAGUUUACAAAUCUACAAUUGGAAAUGAUAAGACCGCUGCAAGACAUAAUUAUCGAGAAAAUUGCAAAGCUAAUAGACAAUGACAACUUCAACAUGCUUGUUCGACCUCUGGAUAGAACAGCCAGCGACAAAAUGUUCAGUGAGUUGAUGAAAUUAAAAUUCGGACUUUGCGAAGAGGCACUGACUCGAUUUGGACAUUUUUUCUGCUUGAAGAAAGUCGACUUAUUCAAUUACCACGUUAGCAAAGAACUUGUUGAAGCGAUUAGAUGUCAAAAUUUGGAGUCACUUAGCCUCGGAAACUUAGAUUGGGUCAAACGUGGCAGGAGAUUCAUGAACGGUUACGAUAUAGUACGUUUUUUGGAAAGUUUUCUCAACGAAGAAUCUCGUAAUGUACUUCACAGUUUAGAAAUCACGAUGGAGAGUCCAUUUGCCAAGGAAUGGCCAGCAAAGAUAAAUAAUAUGCUGCCCGCUUUGAAAUGCUUUGCAAUCAAUGGACAAGUGAAUGACGAUGAGUUUUCCCAUCUUUGCAUUGGUUUUUCCAAUUUACGUGUGUUGGAUAUUAGUAAUACAAACAUCAGAAACCUUUCCGGAAUGAAGAUGCUAGUUAAUUUACAAAUACUUUCAAUGAGAAACUUGGACAUUAACCAAACAUCUGAUUUAAUAGAACUAUUUUCAUUAACCAAGUUAACCGUUUUGGAUGUAUCGCAAGAUAAGCAAAACUCCGGUACCAAAAUAAUCUCGACAUAUCUGGAGUGCCGAAAGAUUUUGCUGGACCUAAAGUUUAUUGACUGCUCAAGAACUGAUAUAAAUAGAGAGUUUGCUAAAACACUCUUGAGCUCUCAUCCUUCAAUUGUUCACGUGUCCGCAAUAGGUUGCGAUUUGAAAAACUUCUCUAAAUGUGGUACUCGCAUUUUCUAUUGCACGUCAAUCGAAUCAUUGUUCAGAAGCUUAAUUGACUUCACAAAUUUGAAAAAUGAGCUAGCAACUUGUAGAUGUUUAGAAGAACUGCACCGACAACUAAAUGCUUCUCGUAGCACCGAAAACUUGCAUUACUCGAGUUUAUUGAAACUGGUUAUUCAAACUAUGAACAUGUUCACGUCGAGAUCAACCUUAAUUAAUGGUCUUCAGUGCUUGAUUUGGAUAAUAAACCACAAAAUGGAUCAAAUUGGUCCAGUUAAUAUGUUUUUCACACUUAAAAAACUCCUGAGCUUAGCUGAUUUGUUGCCGGAAACGUAUUCAAAUGCGGAAAUAAUACGGUCAAAUCGAUUAUAUUGGGAUGCAAUUGUUAAACUUACAAAUUCGGAAAACACCAAUUUUGAUGAAAUCUGCUGGACAGCAAUGAACAUGAUGUCGAAAGUAACCUAUGCAGCUGGGUCAGGAAUGCGUUCAAAAGCUGGGAUUCAGAACGAGCGUACAUUGUUUUCUCAAUUCUUGCCAUAUUUAUGAAUAAAGCUAAGAACACAUCAACUCAGGAUGAACUUUGGAAUUUGAUUAAUAUGUCCAUGAUGCAAAUUUAUUGUCGGUUAAGCCAACCGAAAAUUUAUCCAUUUAUCUUGAAAAUUCUAUUCUUCAACGCGUUCUCGAAACUUCAAAGGAUGACGGUCCCAUUAUUUGGGCACUUUUAACUAUCAAAUUAAUAUGGGAAAGCAACGAUGUUAACCGGAACAAAAUAAGAGAACUAAACCUUCAUGCCCAUUUAAAUUGUAUUAAUAAUCAUACAACAAUUGUUAAGCAUUUUAUAGAUAUCGUUAAACAUUUGUUUAAUUAGUCUAUUCGUAAUUGCAGUGGGACCAAACAUUUAUUUGUACCGCGUUGUUAUUGAAGAACAAUAACAUAUUUAUAAAUCCAAUAAAAUAUUAAUUAAUUA